AUGUCCUACAGAGGUUUGGAUUUCCAGUAUCCAGAACUAGGGUUAUACUGUCAGACAAGACCAACCCUACAGUGCACACCAGAGGCUGAUGCCUUUAACCCAUGUGAAGACAUAGCAGGUAGAAUCAAGAAUUGCUUUGCUCAACUCUUUGGGUGCAGGGUUAAGAAUACAAACUGGGAAAGGAAAACCCUCACUCACUGUGGUAUUUGGAAGUUUGAAUGUUCUUUGUCAGCCAUCAGAGGUCAAACAAACGGACAUGUGACAGCGUUGAAAGAACAGUAGACCUGAUGCACCCAUAUUCAGAGAUGACAUCACUGACAUACUGUCUCAUGUUAUUUUACUAUUGUUUUACUGUUAUUUUACUAUUGUUUUACUGUUAUUUUACUAUUGUUUUACUGUUAUUUUAGAGAACGUAUUGUUUAUCUUUCUCACUUUUUAUUAAUUUAAUUAUGUUACACACCUUGAACUGCAUCUUUUGUAAGAAAUGUGUUGUUUGAUUCAAGUUUGAUUGAUUGAGUUUGACUGCUUUUCCCUUGUUAAUUCCAGAUUUCAGUUUCCUCAGAGUCGCCAUCUGGUUCAUCAACAUCCUGGCGAUCGCCGGCAACCUGACGGUCCUCCUCAUCUUCUUCUUCAGUCGCUGUAAACUCACCGUACCGCGCUUCCUUGUAUCACCUGGCCUUCGCCGACUUCUGCAUGAUUGCUGCCGUCGACCUCCGCACCCGAGGCCACUACAGCGAGCAUGCCAUCGAUUGGCAGACGGGGGCGGGUUGUAACGCGGCGGGCUUCCUGUCUGUGUUUGGCGGGGAGCUAUUGGUGUAUACGUUGUCGACUAUCACUCUGGAGCGCUGGCAUACGAUACCUAAUGCCUUGCAGCUGGAGAAGAGGCCUGGUGCAUGCUGCUGGCAUCAUGGCUGGAGGGUGGUUGAUCUGUCUGGGAAUGGCCAUGCUCCCCCUGGUGGGGGUCAGUAG